GAUACUCUGAAAGUGAAGCCAAUAAGCCUCAUACAUAUUCUGGUUUACUGUUGAAUCAUGCCGAUUUUGGGUGGAGAAUUGACAUUAAGCAAAGAAAUGACAUUGCAAGUAUGAAAAGAAUUGAAUUUAUUAAAGCAAUAUUAAUUAAAAAUACAUCUUCAGAUAUUUGGUGUCUAAUUUCUAUAACAUGCAAAAAGGCAGAACUUCAAAAAAGUAAAAGAUCUUUAAAAAAAUCUGAAAUUUUAUCUAUUAUUAACUCUUUAACUUCUUCUUUAGGUGAUUUAGAUCAAUUGCAUUUUUGUGGUUUAUCAAAUAACUUCUGUGAAAAUUUAAUAAAUAUUCUUCAAAAAAUCAGAAAUAUAUUAACUAAAAAUAGCAUCAAUAUUAGUGAAGUGUAA